AUGUUAUGUCUGUUACAAAUAACGGGAAAACAGUAUCGACUGAUCUCAAUAACAAUGGACACACAACAGCACCAUCUGAUAGUGUGCCCGAUGGGGUCAAAGAGCGUGGCCAGUGGUCCAAAGGUUUGGGGCUUCCCACAUGCCGGCGCAUUUCUAAUACCAUAUCUCAUAUUGUUGUUUAUAAUCGGACGGCCCCUGUAUUACAUGGAGCUGGCGAUGGGUCAGUUCAGUGGCCGCGGGCCCAUCAAAGUGUGGAAAUGCGUGCCGGCGUUCAAAGGAAUUGGUUUUGCGCAAUUAUUCUCCAUUUCAUACGUGAUCAUAUUCUACAACUAUAUCAUGGCGUUAACGCUAUAUUACUUUGUCAUGUCGUUUAAAAAUCCACUACCCUGGACACAAUGCGACGAUAAUUACGCGCCUGGUGGCACCUGCAGCGCCAAUACUACCAUGCACAAUUCCGAUGUAACCGCGGGGCCUAUUGUGCAACAACAUAAUUGGGCUGAAUUAUACUAUUUGCGACACUUGCUAAACCAAUCAACUGGUCUGAAUGACAUGAAUUCAAUGAGCUGGCAAAUAGUAAUCUGUUUAAUUUGCUCGUGGACACUUGUCUACCUGAGCAUUAUUAAGGGGGUUAGUUCUAUGGGCAAGGUGGCUUAUUUCACAGCAAUAUUCCCAUACACUGUGUUGAUAGCGCUGUUGGGCGUGACGUUGAGCACCGACGGUGCCAUAGAUGGGGUCAAAUACUUUUUCACACCUCAAUGGGAGAAACUACUGGAGCCAAUCGUGUGGUACAGGGCUGUCGAGCAGUCAUUUUUCUCGCUGGCCGUCUGUUUUGGUACACUAGUUAUGUAUUCGAGUUAUAACGAGUUCAGUAAUAAUGUCUACCGGGAUUCUAUGAUUAUAGCCGUGUUGGACACGUUCACCAGCCUAUUAGCGGGUUGUGUUAUAUUUUCUAACCUGGGUCAUUUAGCAAAAACUACUGGCAAAGACAUUAAGAAUGUGGUCGACGGAGGUUUGGGAUUAACAUUUGUAGUGUACCCUGACGCUUUGGGUAAAAUACCGGUAGUGCCUCAGCUAUGGUCAGUAUUAUUUUUCAUCAUGAUGUUUACACUGGGAAUCGGCAGCUCUGUCUCCCAGGUGGAGACAAUUUUGACUGCAAUUAAAGACGAGUUUACCUGGAUGAGACAGAAAAAAGAAAUUCUAGCCUUAGUUGCAUGUGUUAUAUUCUGCUUGUGUGGACUGCCCCUCACCACCGAUGCUGGCACUUAUGUGAUGGAGCUGUUGAAAAACUACGGGGUGGGCACCGCUGCCAUAUUUUACGCCAUAUGCCAAAUGGGAGCCGUGUUUUGGGCGUACGGUUUGCGGCGAUUUUGUUUUGAUAUACAAUUUAUGCUCAAACGACCGAUUGGCUGGUAUUGGCAAAUCACCUGGGGUCUAAUCGGACCCAUUGCCCUAAUUAUCAUAUUCAUAUACGGAAAUGUUGAUAUAGCAAGGGUGGGCAACAGACAACAAGGCAUUCCAGCCUGGGGUACAGGCAUUGGUUGGGUAUUAGCUGUGAUCGCUAUGAUACAGAUACCCCUCUGGAUGAUUAUUACCAUCAAGCAGCAACCUGGUCAUAAUUUACGACAGAAAUGUGUAAACGCGUUUAAACCGGCACCAGAUUGGGGUCCCACCGAUCCCAAUAUAUACCAGGAAUGGCGCGCGUAUACUGACCAGCAUUUUGACCAUAAUGUCUCAAUUAAGGCAUAUAUGCAGGUUUUGUUAUGCGUGUUGGCACAAACAGUAUUAUCAAGUCCAAUUAACGGCAAUAUCACCGAGGCGAAACAUACUGGUCAGCAUAUAUUAACCAGAAUUAACCAAGCGCGUAAUGCAAAGCUUGAAAUAUUAAGUUAUCAAAAUAUAUUUCAAGACGAGGCUGCUGAAAUAAGCCAGAAAAUAUACAACAGCUUUCAGGCGGCCACGGUCAAUUUUGCCAACAACAAAUGUCUGACCAUUAACGAACUGAGCAUGCGCGAUCAUAUAGAGAACAAUUGUUACGAGCAACUGGACGCGUACAUGGUCAAAGAUUUGUACAAGGACAUUGAUGAUAAUGAUUUGUUUAUUGGCGAGUUUGCAUACUCAAAUUUAGCAUGGCACACAUACGGCCUGGGUCCAUAUUUAAAUACUCCACCAAUUGGCACACGACUGGCAGUCCAGGGGGUCAACCAAAACACGGGGUCCGACGGGGGCGGGAAUAGGGUGUGCCUCCAGUAG